GAAGCCCGCCGCGAUUCGGGAUGGACGCCCCAGCAUGAAGACGACAUUGAACUCGCGAUCGAGAUCAUGAACACUUGUUGGGGCAUGUAUGCCGUCACUGACACUGGUCUCGCUCCUGAGAUUACAUGGUUCAACGCCACAGAAGCAGACUUACAGCCCGGACCUGGCGACAGGUGGUUGCGAAAAGAAAGCAAUUCGCUGUCGAAGUGGAAAAAGGACUUCAUCAUCAAGCCCCUCGACGCUCACAACCUGCAAAGACCCGAGACGGUAGAGAGUCUGUUCAUGAUGUACCGCAUCACUGGCAAUGCCAUGUACCGAGAAUGGGGCUGGAAGAUUUUCCAAUCGUUCCAGAAGCAUACUUUGGUGCCCGACGGAGAGGGGUACACUAGUAUGAAUGAUGUACGGACGGUGCCGGCGGCGACGAGGGAUAAUAUGGAGAGUUUCUGGCUGGCUGAGACUCUGAAGUAUUUAUACUUGCUGUUCUCGCCGACGGACUACAUGCCAUUAACAGAGGUCGUGUUCAAUACAGAGGCGCAUCCUUUCCCAAGGUUUACGCCAAGGAGUUCUUUAAAGACUGGCUGGGAAAGGCUGCCGCGAUGACAGCCAUUCAAGCAAUCUUUGGAGGUAGGGUUGGUAUAGUUACGUGUAGGAAUAAAAGCUUGACGGAAAGUGGUUGGACUUACUAUUCACCUUCUUUUUGGCUGGAAAGGAAUGGCCCUUGCCAAAAGAAUGCAAGCUCCGCCACUGAGGGCGAAG